GUGGAUGAGAACAUUGCCAGCUGUCACAGCAAGGCUGUUUGCAGCAAUCUGCCUGGAGGAUACCUUUGCAGUUGUCCUGCAGGUUACACUGGCGAUGGAUUCACAUGUUUAGAUGUCAAUGAGUGCCUUAAGAGUGAAUGGAAUACGUGUGGGGACGUAGAGAUAUGUCGUAACAAACAGGGAUCAUACGAGUGCAUAUGUAAACCUGGAUUCAAAAGGAACCUGGUUUCACUCGAAUGUGACGAUGUUGAUGAGUGUGUUAGUCCCAAAUUAAACAGCUGUGAAUUGAAGUGUAUUAACAUGCCUGGUACAUUUAGGUGUGAUUGCCCACUAGGAUUUGCACUGAAUGUUACGAAUGGACGAACAUGCCAGAUGGCCAGUGAUUGUUUCCGCCCAGAGCGCUGUGAGGCCCCUGCAUCAUGUGUUAGAAGCUUAGUAGGCAGUGAAGAAGUAGAUACAUGUGUCUGUCCAAAAGGAUUGGUUCUAGAUGAAUCAAGGACAUCAUGCAUUGAUGAAGAUGAGUGCAGUGUUGGAGAGCCAUGUGGUGUGAACAGUUACUGUGUCAACUCAUACCAAAGCUACCAAUGUAAAUGCUACCAGUAUUACCUCCCUGACUUGGAUGGACUUGCAUGUACAGAAUCCAAUGGUAACUGGGGAACUUGGAGUAUUUGGGGAUCAUGUUCUCGUGUUUGCCAUGGACGUAGGACCCGCACUCGCACCUGCUCUAGUCCUUACCCCACCCUUGGGAGAACUUGCACCUCUGCCGCUACAGAGCAGCAUAUCAUGUGUAACUACUUGAGGGACUCCUGUUCUAGUUUACCAGAAGAAGUUGAUAAUGGUGUAAUGAUGACCUUGCCCAAUUUUCUAGAUAUAAGAAAAUGGGAAGGUGUAGAAGCAAGCAUAUUCAAUGGUAUCUGCAAUGGAGCUAAUAUGUUUUGUAGCAAGAAUGCUAACAACUAUGCCAAGUGCUGUGGGAAGCCUUUUAGUGGAAUAAUGCCCCAGGAGCCAUAUUGUAGUAGCGGGGAUGUGGAACUGGCUAGAGGAUACCCCAGGGACACUAACCAAAC